AUGCCCAAAGCUCAACGGAGCAGAGCGUGCACCCAAUGCCGUGAGCGUCGUGUCAAGUGCGAUGAGACGCCAGAGUUCUGUAACCAAUGUCGACGCUUGGGGCUGCAAUGCUCCGGUCCCAUCAUAGGCUCGGUCAUCAUUGACAUGACCGAUCGAGUCACCAAGCCAAGAGCAAAGAAGAAGAAAACCGUGACCAAACCCGCCCUUGUGGUACCCGUACGCGAAGACGAUGCGCAGGCACAGACGCCGUCUACGAGGAGGCGCUCAGCCUUGACGACCAAACCAGAGCCUUCUGGUUCAGAAACAUCGCUUCACAAUUUCCCCUUGUCAUCAGCGCCCAGAGAGGGCGACGCACUGCCCUCAGAAGCAGAGAAAGCCAUUGCGACAAUACGAUACCAGUACAGAGCACCCCAACUAUAUCAGCCGUCUAAGAUCCAAGGUGACGCGCUGGACAUAGCCUUCCUUCUUCAUUUUGUUGAAAUGAACCAGAACACUCGGUCCCACACACCCGAGAUACCAUGGCUUACCCACCUGCCGGUAAUACAUAGCAAAGCAGCUAAGCCUGCUGUGAAGCUGUCCAUACGCGCAGCUUCCAUGGCCUUUUUCGCCAAGCUACACCAUGAUCCCACCAUUCUGGUGGACUCGUACCGAUGGUAUACAGUCUCCCUCAACGCACAGAGGAUGUCGCUGUCCCGACUGGGUGUUCAGAAUCGAAUGCCAGACGAUGAGGAGAUCUUAGUGCCUAUCAUACUAGGGCUGUACGAAGUGUAUGCCGGUACAACCUCCGACAGUGUGCUGCAUCACGUAGCUGCAGCUUGCGAGAUCAUCAAGAUGCGAGGGCCUGAGAACUGCAAGUCUGGCGUCGUGUGGCCGAUGUUCAAGGCUAUGCGUGUUUCUGAUGCACAAAAGGCACUCAUCUUGAACAAACCCUCUGUCUUCGCCUCCCCGGACUGGAUGACAAUCCCCUUUAUCGAUAUGCCCCGCAAUGCGCACCAUGAUCUGGCAGACAUCAUGCUUAUGAUCCCCGAGUGCAUCAGCUUGUGUCAGAUCAAAGGCAGUCUACAAACUUUCUUCAACUCGCCCUUCUCGCCAAACGUCGAUCUGGACCCCUGCCGGAGACGAACUAGGGAGCUUAUCAAAGACCUAGACGAGUGGGCUUCAGCAUACCCCUACCUCACCACCCUGUCAUCAGGUCUGCAUACAGUCGCAACCGACAUGGCAAGUCUUUCUGUGAGCGGCGUGAAACCUGCCUUCGAGGGAACAUCGACGGAUGUCGUGCUACCAGACAGCUUUGUCGCUCUCACAGUCGUAACCUUCGAAGCCGUCCAGUUGACGCUCACGCUCCUCCUCCACAAGCUCAAUACCCAAGACCUCGAUCGCAGCCCGUCGACACUACUAGCCUCUUCACCAGUAUCGAGCGCUUCCCUUGCCAGUCUCCUCCAUCAGGCGGAGCGGUCGGCAGAUCUGAUACUGCGGACAGCGGGGCAUCUAGAGGGCACAAAGACUGUAGGGUUCGAUUUCAUCAGAAGUGUGACGCCGGUUGUGGUUGUCGCCAUACUCGGACCGACGGAAGAAUUGACGAGCAACGCGAUGGCGAUGCUGAAGAGAUGGGGCGAGAAGAGGGGAAUGAACGGAUUGGUCAGAGCGUGGAUGCAUUUGUGA